AUCCAUGUCUGGAGGGGCUUAUGGUAUAAAAGCAUCAGGGGAAGAUUCAUCGUGUUAGUUACCCCCAGGACGUCGUCAUGAAGGGUCUCGCUGUCGUCAUCCUGGCCUUCGGCGCCGCAACGGUGGCUGCCAAAGCCGGAGGGAAGUUCGUGCCGGAGGUGGUGAGGUUCCUGGAGCGGGCGCCGCAGCUCCCGCCACAGCGCAUCGUGGGCGGGGAGGUGGCGACGCAAGGGCAGUUCCCGGCUAUGGUAUCCAUUCAGCAUCGCAGUCUUUUCGGAAGCUCUCAUACGUGUGGCGGGACCAUUAUUAACGAUAACCACGUCCUGACAGCUGCCCAUUGCGUCAAGGGAUACUCCGACUCCUCCUUCGACAUCGUGGCCGGAGAGCAAAACCUCGACCACACUUCCGGUUUGGAGGAGACGAAGCGGAGCCAGAAGGUCUUCAUGCACGACUUCUCAACGACCACGGGAGUCAAUGACAUCGCUAUUAUCAGGACGUCCCAUAACUUCGUCUUCGUCCACGAUUUGGUCUCCACGGUCGCUCUGCCCUCGGACUACCAGGAACCUUCGAAUGGGACUAUUUGCACGGCCGUCGGAUGGGGCUACACGGUGGAAGGCGGAGACGUGAGCAGCGACCUGCGCUACGUGGACCUCCCUUACCUGACGGACGAGGAGUGCAGGGACAUCUACGGGGAGGACUCCGUCAUGAUCGACAUGAUUUGCGCUGGCUUCCUCGGCGGCCAAGGAGUGUGCAACGGCGACUCUGGCGGACCCCUCUUCUGCGACGGCGUCCAGCAGGGCAUCGUGUCCUGGGGCUCCGGCUGCGACGCCUACCCCGCCGUCUACACGCAGGUCUCGCACUACCUUGACUGGAUCAAAAUCAACAUGGAAGCUUAAGUCGCGUAGCUAACUAGCCCAUUUUCGCUGAUUUUUGCCAUAAACAAAAAUCUUUUGGGGUUCGUGUUUCACAUCCGGCUUUAUAAGCGAAGAUUAAUCUCAAAAUCGUAAAUUUGGAUGGCAAAAGCUCAAGCAUCUUCUAGAAAAUCUGAUUUACAUACCAUGUCAGAAAGAAAACAACAGUCUGAUCCUCGAAUGCGUUUUGCCUUUCUCGCGCGAUCACGUGAUUUCUCAACGGUUUUUUUUUUAAAGAGAACAGAACUAACUUUGGAGAUCUGAGAACAAUAGCGGAGCUGGGGGGGUUACCACACCCUGGCCACUGACGGAGGAAGACUCCAAAUGAAUAAAUAAAAUCACAUAUGCAUGA